GCUGUGUACCAUUGGCGGGCUGUAGUAACUUGGCUGGCACACGUUUUCUCUUACAAGGUGGCCUGUCUCGCACGUUCGAGCUGUACUCGGCAAGUGUGAUGACUCCUGGCUUUCUGGAUUAUCAUGCACGCAUGCAGAGCUUCAUCCUGUGGUUCAUCGAUGCGGCUUCGUACAUCGACUCGGACGACGAAUGGGAGUACUUUGUCCUACACGAGAAAAAGGUUGUGGAUGGAGUCACGUGCUAUCCCUUCGCUGGAUACGCAACUGUGUACAGAUAUUAUGCCUACCCAGCUCACAUCAGGCCGAGGAUAAGCCAGAUGUUGGUUCUACCUCCUUUCCAGAAGAUGGGCUUGGGCACUGAGCUGCUGCAAGGAAUAUACAACUUUUACAGUGACCGACAUCGCAAGUGUGUCCUGGACAUCACAGUGGAAGAUCCUUCGGAAGUUUUCACGAGACUAAGGGACUUCGUUGAUGCCAGGAACUGCCUGAAGCUUGCCUCAUUUUCCAAGGAAAGUUUGCUUAAUGGAUUCUCAGAAGAUAUGUGGAAAGAAGCCCAAGAGAAACUGAAAAUCAACAAAAAGCAGGCACGGAGAGUAUACGAAAUUCUUCGAUUACGGGCGACAAACACUGCAAAUGCCAGCCAGUACAAAGCAUAUCGCCUGGAAGUGAAGAAUCGGCUAAAUGCACCUCUGCAGAAGCAAAAAACCGACAUAGAGAAGAUGCAGCGGACGAUGUCGCCGGAGGAGUUUCGUGCCACGUUGCAGUGCCUCAGCGAGAACCGCAUUGAGCAGCUGGAGAGCCAGUACAGGGACUUGGAGAUGGAGUACAGGCGCACCAUUGAGCGCUUGGCCGUCGCUCCCAGGAGCUGAUUGGGCAGAGGAUACCUCCACCAUUGUGUUACUGCACCGUUUCAUCCCGUGUAUGAAGUGUCCGUGUUUGCUUGCUUGGUCCAUGUUCCGCAUGUCUUUUCUCACUUGAGGGAAACUGCACACUGUUAUUUGGUACAACGCUAUCCUCGUCGCACUGACACUUUUGAAGUGGAGAUAUU